AUGCUCCGGAAUGGAAAUGAGGGAAUGUCCACAAUACCCGGAUUUAGUCAGAUCCAAUUCGAGGGAUUUUGUAGAUUCAUUAAUCAGGGCUUGGCAGAAGAACUUGAGAAGUUUCCAACAAUUAAAGAUCCAGAUCACGAAAUUGCAUUUCAAUUAUUUGCGAAAGGAUAUCAAUUGCUAGAACCCUCGAUAAAAGAAAGGGAUGCUGUGUAUGAAUCACUCACCUAUUCUUCCGAAUUAUAUGUAUCCGCGAGAUUAAUUUUUGGUUUCGAUGUGCAAAAGCAAACCAUUUCUAUUGGAAACAUUCCUAUAAUGAAUUCCUUAGGAACCUUUAUAAUAAAUGGAAUAUACCGAAUUGUGAUCAAUCAAAUAUUGUUAAGUCCUGGUAUUUACUACCGCUCGGAAUUAGACCACAAGGGAAUUUCCAUAUACACCGGGACUAUAAUAUCAGAUUGGGGAGGAAGGUCGGAAUUAGCAAUUGAUAAAAAAGAAAGGAUAUGGGCUCGCGUGAGUAGAAAACAAAAGAUAUCUAUUUUAGUUCUAUCAUCAGCUAUGGGUUCAAAUCUAAGAGAAAUUUUAGAUAAUGUUUCCUACCCCGAAAUUUUCUUGUCUUUCCCGAAUGCUAAGGAGAAGAAGAGGAUUGAGUCAAAAGAAAAAGCUAUUUUGGAGUUUUAUCAACAAUUUGCUUGUGUAGGUGGGGACCUGGUAUUUUCGGAGUCCUUAUGCGAGGAAUUACAAAAGAAAUUUUUUCAACAAAAAUGUGAAUUAGGAAGAGUUGGUCGACGAAAUAUGAAUCGGAGACUGAAUCUUGAUAUCCCUCAGAACAAUACAUUCUUGUUACCACGAGAUGUAUUGGCCGCUACGGAUCAUUUGAUUGGAAUGAAAUUUGGAACGGGUAUACUUGACGAUGACGAUAUGAAUCACUUGAAAAAUAAACGUAUUCGUUCGGUUGCGGAUCUGUUACAAGAUCAAUUCGGACUGGCUCUUGGCCGUUUACAACAUGCGGUUCAAAAAACUAUCCGUAGAGUAUUCAUACGUCAAUCGAAACCGACUCCACAAACUUUGGUAACUCCAACUUCAACUUCGAUUUUAUUAAUAACUACUUAUGAGACCUUUUUUGGCACAUAUCCCUUAUCUCAAGUUUUUGAUCAAACCAAUCCAUUGACACAAACGGUUCAUGGGCGAAAAGUGAGUUGUUUGGGUCCUGGAGGAUUGACGGGGAGAACUGCAAGUUUUCGGAGCCGAGAUAUUCAUCCGAGUCACUAUGGGCGUAUUUGUCCAAUUGACACGUCCGAAGGAAUCAAUGUUGGACUUACCGGAUCGUUAGCUAUUCAUGCGAGAAUUGAUCACUGGUGGGGAUCUAUAGAGAGUCCGUUUUAUGAAAUAUCUGAGAAAGCAAAAGAAAAAAAAGAGAGACAGGUGGUUUAUUUAUCACCAAAUAGAGAUGAAUAUUAUAUGAUAGCAGCAGGAAAUUCUUUGUCCUUGAAUCAGGGUAUUCAGGAAGAACAGGUUGUUCCAGCUAGAUACCGUCAAGAAUUCCUGACUAUUGCAUGGGAACAGAUUCAUGUUAGAAGUAUUUUCCCUUUCCAAUAUUUUUCUAUUGGGGGUUCUCUCAUUCCUUUUAUUGAGCAUAAUGAUGCGAAUCGGGCUUUAAUGAGUUCUAAUAUGCAACGCCAAGCAGUUCCACUUUCUCGGUCCGAGAAGUGCAUUGUUGGAACUGGAUUGGAACGCCAAACAGCUCUAGAUUCGAGGGUUUCCGUUAUAGCCGAACGCGAGGGAAAGAUCAUUUCUAGUGAUAGUCAUAAGAUCCUUUUAUCAAGUAGUGGGAAGACUAUAAGUAUUCCUUUAGUUGCCCAUCAGCGCUCUAACAAAAAUACUUGUAUGCACCAAAAACCUCGGGUUACGCGGGGUAAAUCCAUUAAAAAAGGGCAAAUUUUAGCGGAGGGAGCAGCUACAGUUGGUGGGGAACUUGCUUUAGGAAAAAACAUUUUAGUAGCUUAUAUGCCCUGGGAGGGUUACAAUUUUGAAGACGCAGUACUAAUUAGCGAACGUUUGGUAUAUGAGGAUAUUUAUACUUCUUUUCACAUCCGAAAAUAUGAAAUUCAGACGGAUACGACAAGCCAAGGCUCCGCUGAAAAAAUCACUAAAGAAAUACCACAUCUAGAAGAACAUUUACUCCGCAAUUUGGACAGAAAUGGAGUUGUGAAGUUGGGAUCCUGGGUGGAAACUGGCGAUAUUUUAGUAGGUAAAUUAACGCCUCAGAUAGCGAGCGAAUCGUCGUAUAUCGCGGAAGCUGGAUUGUUACGGGCUAUUUUUGGUCUUGAGGUAUCCACUUCAAAAGAAACUUCUCUCAAACUACCUAUAGGUGGAAGAGGGCGCGUUAUCGAUGUGAAAUGGAUCCAGAGGGACCCCCUUGACAUAAUGGUUCGUGUAUAUAUUUUACAGAAACGUGAAAUCAAAGUUGGGGAUAAAGUAGCCGGAAGACACGGGAAUAAGGGGAUCAUUUCAAAAAUUUUGCCUAGGCAAGAUAUGCCCUAUUUGCAAGAUGGAACACCUGUUGAUAUGGUCUUCAAUCCCUUAGGAGUACCCUCACGAAUGAAUGUGGGACAAAUAUUUGAAAGUUCACUCGGAUUAGCAGGGGAUCUGCUAAAGAAACAUUAUAGAAUAGCACCCUUUGAUGAGAGAUAUGAGCAAGAGGCUUCAAGAAAACUUGUGUUUUCGGAAUUAUAUGAAGCCAGUAAACAAACAAAAAAUCCAUGGGUAUUUGAACCCGAGUACCCGGGAAAAAGCAGAAUAUUUGAUGGAAGAACAGGAGAUCCCUUCGAACAGCCUGUUCUAAUAGGGAAGUCCUAUAUCUUAAAAUUAAUUCAUCAAGUUGAUGAGAAAAUUCAUGGACGUUCUACUGGGCCCUACUCACUUGUUACCCAACAACCCGUUAGAGGAAGAGCCAAGCAAGGGGGACAACGAGUAGGAGAAAUGGAAGUUUGGGCUUUAGAAGGAUUUGGUGUUGCUCAUAUUUUACAAGAGAUACUUACUUAUAAAUCUGAUCAUCUUAUAGCUCGCCAAGAAAUACUUAAUGCUACGAUCUGGGGAAAAAGAGUGCCUAAUCACGAGGAUCCUCCAGAAUCUUUUCGAGUGCUCGUUCGAGAACUACGAUCUUUGGCUCUAGAACUGAACAAUUUCCUUGUAUCUGAGAAGAACUUCCAGGUUAAUAGGGAGGAUGUUUGA